CAUCUAGCGAUGCACGACGAAUUUAAUCGGUCGCGAAAACAGAGCUUCCAACUCUCGCUGAUUCAGUGUUUCGUGUAUUAGCUCCAAUAAGCUAAAUGGAGGACGGGACGAUGUUUCGAUAGAAUCGGGAAUACGUUUGCCGUAUACGCGAGGUAAAGCCCGUUUAUUUGGCCCGAUGUCAGUGAUUCCGACAGCACGAUAACUCUCGCAGAACUUGCAAAGACAAUCUUCCUAAAUGGGGAAGGUUAAGAAGAGACCAGAUUUGAUCCAUCGUGGCAAAUCGCCCAAUGUAGUGCGCAAUUUAAUGCUGAGAGAUUUCGGAUUAUAUACAACACAUAAAACUAGUACGCGUGAAUUGGAGCCAAUAGCUGAAGCAAACCUAGUGUUAAGAGAUCAUAAGGAAUUGAAAUGUAAUAUACCUGGUGUUCCUAGAGCCACAUUUUUGAUGGUUUUCAGUCCUGAUGGGACUAUGGUAGCAUCUACACAUGGGAAUCACAAUGUUUAUGUUACGGAAAUUACAACAGGAAGAAAUAUUAGAACUCUGUCCGGACAUCCACGUACUCCAUGGUGCAUAGCUUUCCAUCCAUCUUCGAGUCAGAUUUUGGCGUCUGGCUGUUUGGGAGGUCAAGUUCGUGUGUGGGAUUUAAGCGGUGGUAGCGAAAUCUGGAAUACUGAUAGUCAUACUGUUAUCGCCUCGCUUACGUUCCAUCCAUUUGAAAGAUUAUUAGUUAUAGCGACAUCAAAUGAAAUUCAUUUUUGGGAUUGGAGUAAGUCUCAACCUUUUGCUGUAGCUGCUACAAAGACUGACAAGGAAAAAGUGAGAUAUGUAGCUUUUGACAAUUUAGGAAGAAAACUAAUCACAGGAAUUGCAAAUACACCACAAGUUCAACCACAAUGGGAUCGAGCUCCCGUGGGACAAUUACUUAGAACUAGUUUGAUGUAUCAGCCGCGAGAAGGCUUUCCGGAUAUUGAACUUUCACCUUGGCACUUGUGGAAUCAUGGCUCUGUAUAUGGAAGGGGGUCGACGGAUAAUCAUACCCCAGAUAGAACUUUCCGUGCGUAUCUGUCUAUGCGCAGAGGUCACGAAACUACCUUAUCGCGAUUCGCCCAUCAUCAACAGUUGAGGAAUGGUGCGCGGCAGGAAGAGGCGCGGUUUCAACGGCGCCGUAAUCUAUCCGAAGGUACAAUGUCUAUGCUACGGUGGCCUUCGUGCCAACGUAGAUGCAACGACAGACAUCAUGAGCUAGUACGGCAACUUAGAACCGCUAUGUCGUUUCGUAACAAUGCUCAAUCUGCAAGUACUCCAUCCGGUACUGUAACAAUUGAGAUUCGUCGUAAUAGUUUUCUGCCUUACGAUGUAGAACUGAAUCAAACUAACGAAGCUACAUCUUCAUCGAAUAUCACGAGAAAUCCUCCUCGCCCACCCAGCAAUCCGGCGAAUGCGGCGGACAAUGUCGAAAACAGACAGUCGGCGGACGACAGCAACGAGGAUGAUUUUCCGAGCAGCUCGGCAAGGAGUCGCGAUCGGGAAGCUAACGCGACGAACGAUUCUCGCUUCAGGGACACAUUGUACGAGCGAUUGAACAACGUUUGGGACGGAGUGGAUGAAAGAUUGCGCGGGAGGAAUGUUCAAGAUCCGGAAAGGAGGAUCAAUUUAUGCUACAGGAAUCUCGUCGAUCAAUAUGUGACGCUCGUAAGAAGUUACUUUGACAUUUCCAGAAACAGAGAUACGAUUGAUCGUGGCACGGACCCCAUGGACAUGCCAGAAACAUCCUCUAAUUCGGAAGAGUCUAAUAAUAACAGAAAUGAAUCAUCGGCGGCGACUGAAUCGUCUAUACGAAGAUUAAGAAACGAAUUGAAUUCCAGCGCCCAAGAGAAUAACACGAAUCUAGAGAGGCAUCUACAACGAUACCAGCGAUUAUUGAUGGAACGUUGCGAGCAGGAGGAGAUUGGAACCACCCUUCAUAAUUUGAGGGAGGCUCUGAAUACCGCCGCCGAGAAUAAUAGUUCGUGCCUGGUGCGGUUGCAGAAACUACGAGAGAGAUUACAACGGCAAACAACAACUUUAUUCGAGUAUUCCAACAACCGGAAUACUCGUCUCAAGUUACUUCGCAAUGCUCUCAACAACGAGAUCGAAGCGCUUAAUAAUAUGGAGGCGCAAUUUACCAACACGAGUUCCAGGAUCGAACGACUGCGAGACGAAUUCGCGAUGUACGGUUUUCUGCCGCGAAAUCGUCACGUCGCGACCGAUCCUUCGCAGGUGAAUUUAAGCGAUGCCGAAUGGAGAGCUCUUACGUCAAACGAUGGACAAGUACCCAGCACCAGUUCCGCAUCAUCGAGGACGCCUUUACAUUCCGAAUCUAGUGGACUUCCUAGCACAAGUUAUGUCGGAGAAAACGAAGAGAACGAUGCAACGUGGCACGAAAGUGCAAAUAGUAACGAGAACGCGAAUACUUCGUCGAGAAAUACGCCGAGGGCCAUGAGAAGACGAUUCGACGCCACGAACACAGAGGACGAACCGCCGAGGCGACGAAAGCGUAAAUUGGGGCCAUUAUCCUAUAUACCAACUCAUACCGGUGGUAACUCAUCAUCAAGUGACGAAGGCUCUUCCCAAGCAGCGACAUCCAACAAUGGAGCAUCUAAUUUUACAAUUUCUACCCACUCGGCGUUUCAGCUAAAUGUACCGAAAUCCAUCACACAACGAACAAGUUCGCAAAAUCGAGAAGCUCCAGCUAGUUCUUCCAGAUUAGAUGAAACGGACAGAAAUAGUCUUCUUGAUAACAAUUUAAAUAACGAAUCAAACGGAAAUAAUGUCCAGCAUAAUAGAACAUCAAGAAUCGCACAAAACUCGCAAGAAACACCGAGGUCUCCAGAAUUCAUGAAUAGACAAGGAAAUUCACUCAGGAGAGUGCUAGAUGCUAUUCAGCGAAAUUUACUACAGCCGGAUCGGGUAGAAAACAACAACGUUGGGCAACAAGUAUCAUCUUUGGAUGAUUCGGAGAAUGGAUAUUGGCUUCUUGAAGAAAAUAGUAAUUCAGACUCAAAUUUGGACGACACAAAUUCCAACAGCAAUUCAAACUCCCGUCGAUGGACUAGCCGAUGGAUACAAUUGGACAAUUCAAGUAGGAACACGGAAUACAAUGACUUGUCGAAUGAACAAACUCAGUCGCGAUCUACUUCGGAAAAUGCGGAUCAGAGUUUCAACGAUAGACAUAGAGAUCAAAGAAAUCAUCUGUUAUCGCCUGUAUCUGCGAAUCCUACUCGCUAUGAGCAACCACCGUUGUUUCCGUUUCGAAGUUUGCGAGAAAACCAAUCUCAAAGAAUGGAACAAAAUCAAACAUCCUCCAAUAUUGACGGUGAUUCUAACAAUUCUCACUCGCAAAUGUCUAAUUCAGGUGUAGCAGAUACGAUAGAAUUAACGGGAAAUGUUGACGAUCCCGUUCCAAGAAUCGCUGAUGCAACCGAUCGCGAGAGCGUUCGAUCGACGGUAAUCAGACAAAACCAGGAGCAAAAUCAGGAACAAAAUGAGGAUCAACAAAAUAUAGAUGAUGUAAAUCUUGAUUCUAGUGAUUUAGAUCCAAUAAUACUCGGCGCUGGCAAUAUAGAUCCGAGAGAAAGUUCACUAGGAGUUCGGCAAGGAAUUCAAUUGCUUAGUCGUCAUAUCGACAACAUGCAUCGUUUAUGCCGAGCACGCUUAGAAAUAGUUCAGUUGUGUCAAGUGCGAAAAAUGUGGGAAGAUCUACAACGACAAAUACGCUCGUUACACGUGACGGUUCGCAUAGAAAGGCAGAACAAUGAUCAAACGGAGGCGCAGAGAGACAAUCCUGGUCCAUCAACAUCGAACGCUGCGAGUUCAUCGAACGAAUCGGCGAAGAAUUUCAAGAAAGCUCUUCUAGAGAACUAUCAGAGGGAGAACAGCGAGAACGAUCGUGAGGCCAGAUCCUACGUGGAUCAGAGUCAACCGUCGACCUCGAGGGGAAUACCUGAUCCCGAUGGAAAUUACGAGGACGAGCCCACGUCGUCCGGGAAUCGUAACGUCGAAGAGAGCACAACCAAUAUAAGUCUCUCGAAUCUGUUACCUAGCGACACCGAAUUACGACGGAUGCAGCGUCUCAAGCUGAACGAGAUGCUAGAUGGUUUAUAUGCAAGACCUCGCUGUCGAAGUUGCGUCUCUCGUCUCGAUGGAGCGUCUUCGCGAGCCAAGAAUGACGAUCAUACAUACGCCAAUUUAACAUCAGACGGUGAUGUGCAGUUACCAAGUAUGUCCAGCGUUGUGUCGAAUAUCGGAGCCAACUCGAAUUUGCCGGCUGUCACCGCGAUAACGACGACGACGGAACCGUUACCCAGCAUCUCGAGCUUCGUCAACAGUAUUGAUCGCGCCAGCUCCAGCAGAUCGACCCAAGUAUCGGAUACUAAUGCUAAUUAUUCCUCGAUGGGCGACGCAAUUGCUAACGAUAAUAAUAAUAACAACAACAAUAACGGCAACGAUGAUAACGUCAACGCUGAUUCUCUUGCGCAAAGUUCAUCGAAUCAGGAUGGAACGAGUUCAACUUUUAAAGCGUGGCUCGCUAAUAAUAGACAACGUAAACAGAAACAUCUCAGACAUUUAAGACAUUUGAUGACGCUUCGCCGCACGAGACAAAAUCUUAGAGCUCAGUUAAAUAAUCCGUUUCGUCAUUGCGAUCAUGUCAGAAGACCGUAUUUACGCAGAAAUACAUCUCAGAGUAGCAGCAGUAACAACGACAAUUUAGAUGCAGAUAUGGAUAUUCGAGAUAGAACGCGAAGCUCGAACACGUCUGAAUAUUUACAAAAGAUGAUUCUACGACUGGAAACGUUGGUUCGACAGCAGAGAGCUUUAGCUCGGAAUAGUAAUACUAAUAGAGGAUCAGAUGGUGAUAAUCGUCGAUCAGAAGCUAGUAGAGACAAUGAUAAUCGUGAAAUGGAAGAGAUUCGUGAAGCUACAAGAUUAAGAGCUAGACAAGUCCUUGGAUUAAUGGUGAGGUCCUUGAUUCAAUUCUUUGAAGUAACAAGAUCAGGAAAUGGCUCCCAAAACAAUGUUCUCUAUGAACAGAUGUAUAAACUGUAUGUGCUGUUACACCUGGCGCUGGAAUUAACAGAUUUACUACUAGCACAGUUAGUAAUAACGAGACGCGAACUGGAAUCUAGUCAAUACAGAUCGUUCACUAGCGAUUUAUCGCUUGACAACCAGAACGAGGGGACGCGUAAUAACAACAGCGUCGACAGUAGUCUGCAGACAGAGAACAAUCGUUGGAAUGAUAACACAUCGAGGCGAAAUACAGAUAGAGAGUGGUUUCCGAGACUCCGUAAUAUGCCGAGCACAUCAAACAGCGAUCCCGUGGAGGAUCUCCUCUCGUUAAACAGAAGUAAUAGACGUUUCAGCCUCAUGGCGCAGCAAUUGAAGCGGCUAUUUCAUCGGAGAUCGACGCAAAUCGAUAAUAAUAAUUCAUCCGAGAAUCAAAGCGAUCCAGUAGUGGCUGCACCUAGCAACGAUAACAAUGGUGAUGACAGCAAUUAUGACGAUAAUGCUCAAAAUGAAGAUAAUCGGCACUCGACUUCCGAGCAUGCUCUCUCAGCGGAGGUGCAGAGUAUCGUGGAGAGAAUUCAGAGUAGCAGCUCGAUCGACAACGACGAGGUCAGGACGGGAAUUGAAAAUCGAAUGCUUGACGCUGCCCAUAAUUCGCGUGAAUCGCUAAACUUGUACGACAGCUAUCGACGAAAUUACAGAAUUGCCACGGUGUCCGAACCGACGAUGAGAAGACGCGUCGACGAAGCGAGAAAUUCUCAGGAAAGGGAAAGCGGGCUUAGCAACGAGAACUGGAGGAGUUACGUCUCCUCGUCGGGAGACGAACAGAGUAGCUUCAGAUCGCCCACGCAGAGACUUCGGUGGCUCGCGGUCGGCAGUCGUCAAAAUGCGCGAGACGCGUCAUUCGAGCGUCACUCUUUGCACAGAUACGGCAAUUCUGACUCGAGUAGUUACUCAAACUCGCCUAACAAUCGCAGAUUUCUUCACGGUAGGGAAGGCGCGUCUCUUCGGCGGGAAUUUAACGUGCCCGAACUACAAGUGAACAGCGUGCCGGUGAAUGAUUUUGACAAUAUGCCUGGUACUCUUCGAAGAAGACACAACACCCCGCCGAUCCCGACGUCGCAUAUGCUUCCUCCGUACGUACUUCCUCCGUACAAUAACUUCGUCCACAAUACCGAGAACAGGAACAGCGAUCGGACAAACGAAUCGACUGUACAAUCCGGAGGUUGGGCUGGAAUCUCGAACAACAACAGAAAUAGGGUAUUGGCCUUCUGGCGCAAUCGAUUUGGACCUGUUUUUAUACCUCGGUUUUCCGAAUUCACGGCGAAUGGAGGAUCACGGAUUGGAGAAGGUGCUACUGCCAAUCCUGCUGGUGGUGGCGGCGGUGGUGGUGAUGGUGGCAGUGGCAGUGGCAGUGGAAGCGGUGGCAAUAGCAGUGGCAGCGGUGGUGGCAGUGGCGGUGGCGGUGCUGGUGCUGGUAGUGGAGGUGGAGGUGCUGGAGGUGUUGGAGGUGCUGGUGCUGGUGGUGGCGGUAGUGGAGGUGCUGGUGGUGGAGGUGGUGGCGGUGGCGAUGAUGGAACUGGUGGAGGAGGAGCAGGAGGCGAAGGAGAGGGAGGACAAGAUCCUUCAAAUGAUAAUGAAUAUUUGGACAUUGAACAUAUACCAGUGGGCAUGUCGUUCAAUUCAACUUUAGAAGUGCAGAGUUAUCGGGUACAAGCUUGGGACUUUUCUAAUGGUGAUAUACCUGAUAUUACAGAUUCUGACAAAAACGUUGUGGUACGCGAGUGUAAGAUUCAUAAUGAUGCCUGUAUCGAUAUAUCUGCGGAUGGAAAAUUACUAGCAACUCUUUCGCCAUCGGGUCGUAUUAACGUAACUACGAUGUUAGGUAUUUACAGUCUGCAGUGGGAAACACUGGGAGAAAGGAUUUAUUCGACGAAGAUUGAUCAAACGGUAGUAUCUGUCUCGAUGUCACCAACGCAACAGCAUCUCUUAGUAGGGCUGGGACGCAGAGUUCAUAUCCCCACUAGGCCAUUUCCGAUGGCUCUAAUUUAUAAAUUAAUAGAGAAGCAGCCUGACGACGAGAAGACUGCCUCAUCGAUGGAUUCGGCUGCGGAAUCUGCAUACGAUUCCCCUGACGAGAUUCUCGACGAUAACAUCUCUACAAAUAAUAUCAGACGAAACAACAACAAUAACGUUACAGCCAGCGAUUACAGGCCGCAGGUUCAAGACUGGCGAAUACGAAUGAGAACCGAACUAGAUAUUAAACGUAACAGGGAAAGUAUGGUGCUUAUUCGGGAAUUGUUGCAGAACAAUCGAGAAAGCUCCGGCUACAUCAGCCUAAACUGCAUCAGAUGGGCGCCGGAGCCGGGUCAAGGGAUGAUUUAUGCAACAAAUACCGGACAGUUAAAUAUUCUGCAGUGAUUCCGUGUGCGCCCAUCGUAGACAGAGAAGAAAGUAAAGACGUUCUCUACGUAUUAUAAUGAUGCUUUCUAUAAAUGUGUCAUACGCGUACGACAUAAUGCAGUAUCGCGAUUCGCACUAAACUUCUUUUUGGUAGAUUGUAAGGAAGAAUCUAGGAUAUUGAUGCAUAACGAACGAUGAAUAACGAUGUUUUUAUCAUCAAUCAAUUAUCAAAACCUGAUAGAUUGGACGAUGAUAAAUUUCAGACCGCAAUGUGCUAUGAUAUUUAUAUUUAAUUCUCUGUCACAGAUUGCUUUUUUAUUACUCGAACCAAGUAUAUAAAAAACGCAAAAUGUGUAGAUAUAAUAAUAUAUGUUUGAUUACUGUAUAGUUUAUGCAAUUUUCUAUUCGUAUAUAAUUUAAAAAGACUUUGCAUUGUUUUUGUUAGAUUAAAUAUGUAAUACAAGUUGACUUUCUUUUUAUGAAAGCUUCUGUUAGAAUAUAGUAUGAAAAUAGAACUGAUUACAAAUUAUGAAUUAUAUAUUAUAUAGUAUCAGUA